UGAAGUCUCUAAAGAUUACUACAUGAUUCGAUUUGCACUGGGAAGAACCGAACAAUAUAAAUGCUUUUCGAAGGUCUGGGGAACAUGAAAGGAUCAUGUGCCGGAAGGAUAGGUGUACUGUCUAUGGUUUAUUAUGCAAGUACCUCUGUUGCUGCAACCCUGGUUGGCUUGACAUUAGUCCUGGCCAUCAAACCUGGAGCUUACUCAGACUCGUCGACAACCGAUGUAUUACACAGUAACGCUAUGGCAUCAACAAUGGACAUCUUCAUGGACUUAUUGAGAAACAUAGUUCCUGACAACAUAGUUGCUGCUACAAUCCAACACUCACGCACUGAGAUGGUUGUUCAUGGAAUAAAGUUACAGGACGAUGGCAACUCUAGUUCUGGUUACCUGCAGGAUACUGGUGGUAAUUCCAGGAAGGUCAACCAAUCUGUUACGGCAAAGAAAACAGUGAUGGUUGAUGGGGCAAAUAUCAUAGGUGUACUUAUCUACUGCAUUGUUUUCGGUGUGACUCUUAGCCAGCUAGGUCGUCGUGGAGCAGUGGUGACACAAUUCUUUACCGUCGUCAACAUCGUCACCUUCAAAAUGAUCAGACUUGUCAUGUGGUAUUCACCAAUUGGCAUACUGUUUCUCGUCAUGGGCCAGAUAAUGUCCACAACUGACAUGACGGAGACUGGACAAACACUGGCUAUCUACAUUGCAACUGAGUUGUCCGGAUUGGCAAUCCAUUCACUGAUGGUCGUUCCAGGCAUGUAUUUCAUCCUGACAAGGAAGAACCCAUUUGCCAUAUACCUCAAAGCAAUACAAGCUCUGCUGACAGCCUUUGCGACAAGCUCCAGCGCUGCCACGCUGCCGGUGACGAUGCAGUGCGUCGAGACGCGGAUGAAGAUGGAUACACGAAUAUCCCGUUUCAUCCUCCCAGUGGGCGCCACAGUCAACAUGGAUGGCACAGCGGUGUAUGCUGCCAUCGCCCCUGUGUUCAUAGCACAGUACAAUGGAAUCAACCUAUCAUUUGGAGAUGUCAUAAUUAUAAGAAUAUCCCCCUACCUUUUUGGAGAGUAG